AUGUCUUACGGCGAGCGUGACAACGAGUAUCGCUCCGGUGAGCGCCGCGAGGGAUCCUCCAACUACGGCUCUGAGGACCGCGAGAACAGGAGGAACGAGUUCGGCUCUUCCAACUAUGGCUCCGAGGAGAGCCGCAGAAACGAGGACCGUCCCCAGCACUCCAGCUAUGGUUCGGACAACCGCCGCGAGGACCGACCCGGCUCUUCCUCCAACCGCAACGACUACGAGAACAAGGAGUCCAGCUAUGGUUCCAACAACAGCUACGGCUCUGAGAGCAGGCGCAAUGAGAACCAGUCCUCUAGCUAUGGGUCUGGCAACAGGCGUGAUGACGAUCAGAGAAAGGAGUCCAGCUAUGGUUCUUCCAACAGCUACGGCUCUGACAACAAGCGCAACGACAACUCCAGCAACUCUUAUGGCUCCAACUCCAACACCGGCAACCAGAGCUACAAGAACGACUCCGGCUACAAGGGCGAUGACAAGCCUUCCAACUACGACGGCUCUGGCAACAAGCACAACAACGUCAACGUGAACAAGCCUUCCAGCUAUGAGUCCAGCAACAACACCUAUAACUCUGACAACAAGCAGAGCUAUACCUCCAGCAACAACAGCAACUCCAACAGCUACCCCCUUGAAAACAACAACAAGAAGAAUGACUCCAACGACGGCGGUCUCGUUGGCAAGCUUGCUGGUAUGGCCCUCGGCGGCCUCGGUGGCCAAAACAAGAACAACAACAGCAGCAAUAACAGCAACAAUAACCAGCAGCAGUCCUCCAACAAUAAUAACAACAACAACAACAACAACAACAACUCUGGCAACAACGACCUCAAGAGCGGUUUCAUGAACACCUUCAACAACCUUGCCGGUGGUGGCGCCAAGGGCGAGCAGAACGAGGAUAUGCUGGACAAGGGUAUCGACUUUGUCCAAGAGAAGUUCCUCAAGCAGGGCCCCCAGGACAACGAGAGCGCCGCCGAGCAGGCCAAGGACAAACUGAUUGCCGACGCCAUCCGCAACGGCUACAAGAAUGCUACUGGCAACGAGUUCCCUAUCAAGGAGAAGAAGAACAACAACAGCAGCAGCAGCAGCAACAAUAACAACAACAAUGGCAACAACAGCGGCAAUGGCAACAGUGGUGGCCCCGACCUCGCCGGCCUCGGCAAGAAGUUUGGUCUUUUCUAA